GAACGAGGUAGAGCUGAGAAUGGAAGUCGCUGUCUCGGCUACAGCCACCUCCACCUCCACCUCCUCCGCCACCAGCUAGAGCUGCCAACCUGCCUGCGGAACGAUCUUCCUGCACCGUCGACUUUGACAGUUUGUUUCCGCACCCUUCAAGGCCCAGGACAGCUUCCAACAUGGCCACCUCAGCCAGUUCUCACUUGAACAAAAAUAUCAAGCAGAUGUACCUGAACCUGCCUCAGGGGAACAAAGUCCUGGCCAUGUACAUUUGGAUCGAUGGUACUGGUGAGGGACUGCGCUGUAAGACUCGGACCCUAGACAGUGAACCGAAGAGCAUCGAUGAGCUACCUGAAUGGAAUUUUGAUGGCUCCAGCACUUUUCAGUCCGAAGGCUCUAACAGUGAUAUGUACCUAAUUCCUGCUGCUUUGUUCCGAGACCCCUUCAGAAAGGACCCCAACAAACUGGUUCUCUGUGAAGUUUUCAAGUAUAACCGCAAGCCUGCAGAGACCAAUUUGAGGCAUACCUGUAAAAGGAUAAUGGAUAUGGUGACAAACCAGAAACCCUGGUUUGGUAUGGAGCAAGAGUAUACUCUCAUGGGAACAGAUGGACACCCUUUUGGUUGGCCUUCCAAUGGGUUCCCUGGGCCCCAGGGUCCCUAUUACUGUGGCGUGGGAGCUGAUAAAGCCUAUGGAAGAGAUAUAGCAGAAGCUCAUUACCGUGCUUGCCUAUAUGCUGGAGUCAGAAUUGGGGGGACAAAUGCUGAAGUAAUGCCCGCUCAGUGGGAGUUCCAGAUAGGACCGUGUGAAGGGAUCGAAAUGGGGGAUCACCUCUGGAUUGCCCGCUUCAUCCUCCAUCGAGUGUGUGAAGAUUUUGGAAUGAUUGUGACAUUUGAUCCCAAGCCAAUCCCUGGAAACUGGAAUGGAGCUGGCUGCCAUACGAACUUCAGCACCAAGGCCAUGAGAGAAGAGAAUGGUCUAAAGUUUAUUGAAGAAGCCAUCGAGAGACUAAGUAAGCGACACAAGUAUCACAUCCGAGCCUAUGACCCCAAAGGGGGUCUGGACAAUGCCCGUCGCCUGACAGGUUUCCAUGAGACAUCCAACAUCAAUGAGUUCUCCGCUGGUGUAGCCAACCGCGGCGCCAGCAUCCGAAUUCCCAGGAUGGUUGGGCAGGACAAGAAGGGCUACUUUGAAGAUCGCCGCCCCUCUGCCAACUGUGACCCUUACGCAGUGACAGAGGCGCUUAUCCGUACCUGUCUCCUCAAUGAGACAGGAGAAGAACCCUUUCAGUAUAAAAACUAAGUGGACUAGACCUACAGAUACCUUCUGUAUUCCCCCAUCCCAUAACCCUUUUCUCAUGCCCUCUUCCACCUCACCUCUCCCCUCUUCCACAUUUCCCUACUAGAUGUAACUCAGGGCACAAAAUACCAUGUUUUUUUGUGCCCACAGAUAACUCCUUGCUUUUUUUUUUUUUUUGUGGGGGAAGGGGAGUAGGGUUGGGGGGAUGUUUUUAAUCUUUUUUCCCAUCAUUGAUGACUUUUUGAAGACUGAGAAAAUAGUAUGUUAGUGGGGAAAAGGGCUUGGAGAACAUAACCACUGCUUCCACCUAAUCAAGUUUGUACAUCAACAGAGACUUGUGACUUCCAGGAAAAAUAUUUGAUAUGGGCGGGUUGGGGAAGAGCUGAAGGUGGGGUAGGAGGAGGAAUUUGAUUGGGUUCUUUGGAAAGGGAGGGACAAGAGUAUUAAAUUCAUAUGAGACUGUAAUCUACUUUUCUUAAAACUUAAGAAUUAGUAAGGGGUGUGGUCUCAUUUUACAGGAAAACAAAACCCUUCCUCCGCUAUCUGUUUGGGCCUCUUUAUAUUUUCCCUGGCCUGGAGGGGAAACCCUUGGCCAGAAGAUAGGCUGUGUGAAUCAUUGGGGACUGCUGGAACCUUGACCACUCAUCUUCCCUUCAUCCAAAACAGAACAGUAUUUUUAUAUUUAAAUUGAAAAACAAAAAAAAGAACCUACAUGGGGUGUAUGUGUUUUGGGGGGCGGGGGUGGAGAGGCAGAGCAGGUGGGGGGCUGGUAUGGUCAGAAGCAGGGAACUCCUUGCUGAGGAAAAGGGACUCUGCUAGAAGGGAAUUGGGACAAAACCCCCCCGCUUUGGUGGCUGGCCAUCUUAUCAGCUCACCUUCUUUCUUACCUGUCCAUAUAGAGGUGGAGUCACAGCUGAAGGCUGCCAGGAACCACCUGGUAGCUGUGAUUUUUAACAAGCACACAUUGAAUAGAGCGCACAUACUGGGGAGGGGGGGGGGUAUGAGUUGGCUGGUCAACUGACAAGGCAGGGGAGGGGUUGUGGGUGUUUAUUUUCUGGUGGGACUAGCAUGUCACUAAAGCAGGCCUUUUGAUAAUAUUAAAAAAAAAAACAAACCUUUAUAAAGGCAAAACAGUUUUAGAUUCUAAUGUUUCUAGGGUUUCUAAGUUGUACAGUUUUUCAGAGUUGCAUGCAUGUAUGACCUAGUGUGCUCAAACUGUCCCCUUGCCUAACUGUCUUAGUGAUGAGGUUGGGGUUGACGGUGCUGGGUUCAGACAUUUGUGAUUUUGUACCCUGGUAUCUUCGAAGUGCCAGAUCUUCCUUUGCCUUUUUGUCAAAGAUUUCUGAAUAGUUUUUUUUUCCCUUUUAUAAUAAAAACAAAACAGAACAAAAAUAUCCUUAAUCCCUA